UCAGCUCCCUUAUCUCCCUUUGUCAACUAAUAACCAAAAGCCAUGAGCAUGAUCCAAGACUGGCCUGAGCCUAUAGUCCGUGUCCAAUCCUUAUCUGAAAGCAACCUCCGAGCCAUACCAAACCGUUAUGUCAAGCCUCUAUCUCAGCGUCCAAACAUAACCUCUCACAACAAAAUCAACCCUCACACGGCCACCACCAUUCCCAUCAUUGACUUAGGUGGCUUAUACACAGACGACAUAACUCGUCAAGCCAAAACGCUUGAUAAUAUCUCAGAAGCUUGUAGAGAAAGGGGAUUUUUCCAAGUGGUGAACCACGGAAUGAAUCCGCAGCUCAUGGACCAAGCUAAAGCAACAUGGAGAGAGUUCUUUCAUCUUCCCAUGGAGCUAAAAAAUAUGCAUGCUAAUUCGCCCAAGACUUACGAGGGAUAUGGAAGCCGACUAGGCGUAGAAAAGGGUGCUAUUCUUGAUUGGAGCGAUUACUAUUUUCUUCACUACCAACCUUCGUCUUUGAAGGAUUACACCAAGUGGCCUUCCUUGCCUCUUCAUUGCCGGGAUAUAUUGGAGGAUUACUGCAAGGAACUUGUGAAAUUGUGCGAGGAAUUGAUGAAGAUAUUAUCGAGAAACUUGGGAUUGCGAGAGGACAGGCUUCAAAUUGCGUUUGGUGGUAAAGAGGAAUCAGGAGGAUGUUUAAGGGUUAAUUAUUACCCAAAAUGCCCUCAGCCGGAGUUAGCUCUUGGUCUCUCUCCGCACUCUGAUCCCGGCGGAUUGACCAUUCUCUUGCCGGAUGAACAAGCCGCCAGUCUUCAGGUUCGUGGAUCCGACGACGCAUGGAUCACAGUCGAACCAGCUCCCAAUGCUUUCAUCGUUAACAUUGGUGACCAAAUUCAGUUGUUAGUUUUGAUAAAGCACGUGCAUGCAUCUUUCUUCUUCUUCUUCUUCGUUGUAUUUUCUUUUUAGAAAAAAAGGUAAAAGGGUUUUGGAAAGAAAAUAUAAAGUUGAUUGGAAAUAAAUCUACAAUAAGGUAUUGGUGAAACCACGUCGCCAUAUUCACUUCCGUUCUUUAAUUCGACAUGUGCCUCUACUAAAGGAAAAAGAAAAGGUCCAACAAAACCAAAGGGAACAGGAAGAAACAAUUUCAACGUCUAAGACAAAGCUCACACAUUGUUUACAUGUUUCAAACGUGCUAUAACCAUAACCGCCGACCUAGUCAAACAAGAAUCAUUUUGAUGUUAUAUUUUUAGCCACUUAUUACUUUAUUUGCUUUGUUAGAGUAAAAUCCUAUUAUACGGCCUAUUUAUCAUUUAACGAACGUUGAACAUUUUGGUUUUGGUUAGAUGCUGAGCAAUUCAAUAUACAACAGCGUAGAACACAGAGUGAUCGUGAACCCUGCAAAUGAGAGGUUGUCGUUGGCGUUCUUCUA